AUGGACGCUAUCAGCGCCUGUGCCUACGGCAUAAACCCCGGGUCCAUAAAUAACCUCGAUCAUCCCAUUGUGACCCACGCUAAACGAAUGUUAAGCGAGGUUGGUGGUUUCCGUAUCCUAUUGUUGUUGUUAGCACCCUGGUUAGCCAAACUUCUAAAGGUAGAGCUCUUUGAUACAAAUUCUGUUGACUAUUUCGAUGAACUGACCAAGCAAAUAUUGAAAGAGAGAAAGGCUAUGCGUAAGCACCUUGGUGUUCAAUGUAAGUGCGUAAGCGUGUUUAUUUCACAUCACAUUCAUUAUCACAUAUUUAUAGCCAAACGUCGCACAGAUUUCAUACAAUUGAUGAUAGAUUCGGAAAAGUCGGACAACGACUUGGGCUAUAAUAACAACAUUGAUGGGGAACCGGACCCCGAGUCGACUGACACCGCGACCAAAAGGCCUACGAAUGGUAAGAUGACGGCGGAUGAGAUGGCCGCUCAGGGCAUCGCGUUUUUCUUCGCUGGAUUCGACACCACCGCUGCCGCCCUAACUCACGCCAUAUUCUACCUGUCCGUUCACCCGGAGUGUCAACAGAUAUUGUAUGACGAGUUGAAAACGUGCGAAGAUUUUACAUACGAAACGUUGGUUCACUUGAAGUACUUGAAUGCAGUGAUCAAUGAGACCCUACGUCUGACCCCAUCCAUAACCCGCAUGCAAAGGGAAUGCCUACAGGACUACAAUCUUGGGAAUACAGGUAUAACUAUACCAAAGGGCGCAUCCGUCGAAAUAUAUCCCUACGCUAUACACCAGGAUCCGGACUACUGGCCCAACCCUAACGACUUCCUACCCGACCGGUGGUUUAAGCCCUCACACCAUCCCUGCGCGUAUUUACCGUUUGGCGGCGGACCGCGAAUAUGCGUCGGACAACGGUUUGCUAUAAGUGUUAUGCGAGUAUGUCUGGCCAAGCUCAUAUAUAAAUUCGAGUUUACCCUGGCGCAAACACACAAACUCGAGUAUUACUUGUGCAACCCAGUAAUGAGCCCUAAAAAAUUGCAA